CCAAUCAUAGUCCGUGUUGUUGGGUCGUCUGCCCUCAGAAGCCAUGGUGGGCAUGAGUCUCCUCAGGUCGGCCGCUGCUUUAGCAGCCAGACUGAGCCCCCUGAAAUCUGGAAACAACGCUGCAAAUCUACUCACUCGCACAAUCCCACGGACAGAUAAAGUGGCCGUUCGCUGGGGCCAUGGAAAGAAAAUGUUCGUCAUUAACCCCUCUCAAUACUACGACAAGAGGUUUCUGCGCUUGUUGCAUUUUUACAUCCUGCUGACUGGUAUUCCCAUGGCCAUCUUAGUGACUUGCGUGAAUGUCUUCAUUGGUGAAGCAGAGCUGGUAGAAAUACCCGAAGGUUAUGAACCCGAGUACUGGGAGUACUAUAAGCACCCAAUCACCAGGUGGAUUGCACGGAAUCUCCUUGAUUCCCCAGUGAAGGACUAUGAAAAAAUGAUGGCUGCUAUCCAGAUAGAGAAAGAGAAGGCAGACAUGAGGCUAACUCAGCUGGAGGUGCGUCGACAGAUGAGGCAGAAGGGAGAUGGCCCCUGGUUCCAGGUGGAAACGCUGGACAAGGCACUAAUUGAUAACUCCCCCAAGGCAUCACCUGACCACUAAUCCAGAUGUCAGAUUAGUCUAAAUGUUUGGACAUUUGUUUUCCUUCUUGCGUGAAUAAAGUAUCUAUAUAUACUCUGUUAA